AUUUCCUCUUCUCACUUUGGUAAAGCAAAGGGGCAGAACUUUAAGAGCUGAAGUACCAUGCAGAAGACUCACUCUUCCGUGUUUUAUUUGGAGCCUCUGAGGGGAUACAGAGCUGCAAAGGACAAUUUGUUCUUCAUCCUCAGUUCCCUCCACCUGCAUCACCACCUGACUGGGGAAUAGACAUCAUCCCAUGACAAGGUUUUAAUUCAAACCUUCAUUGCUUCCUGUCAAGAUGAGCAAUCAGGAGGUGAUUUAUUUGAACUCAAGAGCUUUUGAGUCUUCUUCAGAGUCACAGAAUCCAAUCAAGCCUAAUGAGACUCAAGGUUCCAGAGAGGUUGGCCACAAAGUGGGUCUCGGGAUCCUCUGCUUACUUCUGAUGAUGGCAAUCUCAAUUUGGCUGAUAUACAUUUUUCAGUGUAGUCAAGAAAUAUAUAAAUUGCAGAGAACUCUAAAAAAUCCCCAUCAAGAGAACAACACCAUGCAAAAUGACAACUACUUAAUGGAAGAAAUGUUGAAAAAAAAGUCUAUAGAUUACAAUGCCCUCAAACAUGAUCUGGACACACUCAACAGAACACUGAACAGAUGCUACCAGGAAAGUAAAUUUGUUUUAGAUUCCAAACAGCACAGAGGCAAACGUGUUGAAGGACACUGGUUCUGCUGUGGCAUAAAAUGUUAUUAUUUCAUCAUGGACAAUAAACGCUGGAGUGGAUGUGCAAAGACCUGCCGGGACUGCAGCUUAUCCCUUUUGAAGAUAGAUGAUGAUGAUGAACUGAAGUUCCUUCAGCUCCAAAUUAAGCCAAACAGUUAUUGGAUUGGGUUAUCAUAUGACACAAGAACAAGGAAAUGGCAAUGGAGUGACGGUGGCCCAUCUAAACUUGACUUGAACACAGCGGAAUUCGAUCUUAAUACUGGAACAUGUGCAUUUUUAUCUAGAGUAAGACUAGAUAAUGAUAACUGUGAUCAAUUCUACCCCUGUAUCUGUGAGAAGAGACUGGAUAAUUUCGCUGAUUCAUACUGCAGCAAGAGCUAAAGACAAAAUGGAAUGUGCUGAUCAUCAUUUGUUUCCUAUAAUAAUUUGUGACUCCUUAUGAACAAGUGUUUUGAUCCCAGGACUUGGUUCUCUCUGCAAACAGAGAGAUGAGCUGGAAGAGUUUGAAAAUAUUCUCUGAAAUCUGACUUGGCAUAGCAGAGGCAAUCUUUCUUCCUGGAAGACACAGAACACAUCUUCUCUGCUGCAUGGACACCCUUUGCCACAAGCUCUGAAGAAUCUGCUCUUUCUGUUUACUUAAACACUCAUAGAACUAAAUAAAGAACCCUAAAGAACA